AUGUCAAGUAAAGGUUCUAGAGGGCCUUCAGCGCCAAGAGUUGUUAGCGUUAGUGCUAGAAAUCCUGGAACAGCCGGAGCUUGUACAGUAGAUGAUUUUGAAAAUAAUUUUUACAAUGUUCCAAAAAUUUCCAUUACUAAUGGAUCAGAAUUAAUGUCAUUUUUUAAUGAAAAAAUAUGUCCUGGAUUAAAUGCUUCGGAUAUAGAUUGGGAGAAACGUGUACUUGCACUAAAACAUCUUCGAUCAAUUGUUUUAUGUGAAGCUUAUUUGCUACCAGAAUUUUUGGAUAAAAUAUUACCAAAUUUAGAGUUACCAUUAGAAAAAGCAAUAAAAGAUCUUCGCUCACAAGUUGUUCGUGAAGCUGCAUAUACAAUAGCAUUAUAUUGUAAAGAAAUGGGUGCUAAAAUGUUUAGAAUUGUUGAUUUGAUGUUUCAGCCUGCUAUUAGUGUUGUUCAAUCUUCAGCGAAAGUUAUGUCAUCUUCUGCAACUAUAUUGUUUACAUAUGUUACUAAAUAUGUUCGUAACCACAAACUUAUACAAAAAGUUUCUUUAACAAUGACACACAAAUCUCGAGAAAUUAGGAGAUCUGGUGCUGUGAUGACUAAGACAAUUUUAGAGAAUUGGGACGAUUCUGAAGUUUUUAAAGAGAUAGGAUCUAUUUGUGAUGCUGUAUUUAAAGCAAUUAAUGAUGCUGAUCCUGAAGUUAGAGAACAGGGUCGUAGUUGUUUUUAUGUAUUAGAAGAGAAGUACAAAGAUGAGGCAGAAAAAAUUUUCAAAAUGUUAGAUCCUUCAAAGAAACGAUCAUUAAAUGGAGGACUUGCGACAUCAUCAUCCUCACGUUCGAUUGUGGAUGCAAUUUCAGCUUCCAAACCUAAUACAGCUUCAUCUAUUCGUAGUAACGCAUAUGCUCGUGCUACCAGUGAAAUUGACACAACAUCUGCAAGACGAGCAAUGAUAACAAGCAAAUAUGGUAGUAGUACAAGACCACCACUUCUUGGAAAAUCUUCUUUAACUCAAAGAAAUAGUGCAGGGACUCUUGCAUCGCGUAAAAAUAAUAUUAAUACAUUAACAAAGACUUCUCAAGGAUUACCAUCAACAUCCCAACCUAAUAGUAGGUCUGGAUCUCCAAAAAGUCUAAUGAGAAACUUUAAUCGUAUGAAGGUAUCUGAAACUCCAAAAGUAGCAUUAUCAUCUAAAGUAACAAAGAUUUCUUCAAGACCAGGAGUUGGAUUGAGUGCAGUACCUUUUGAAUUAGAUAAUGAUGCUCGAAUGGAAUCUGCAGCAUUCAUGGAUGCUAUAAAUAAAUGUAAUACUUUAAGUGAUAAACGUGAAGCACUUACAGCUUUACGUCAAAUUCUUGAACAUGGAAGACCUUUGGUUAAUCUUGAUAUUGAUAAAGCAUUUCAAUGCUUAUGGAAAUUAUAUAAAGAAAGUCAAAAUCGUCCAACCAGUGAAUUGAUGGGUGCUCUUGAUGUAUUGUUCAAAAAAUAUAAUGAUUAUUUGGUGACUCAUCUUAAUGAAAUAUAUCCAAGAAUUUUAAUGAAGAUGGCUAAUGAUACACAACCAAUGUUGCGAAGUGCUCAUUUAAAACUUUUAGAACAAGUUAAAAAACUAUUUUCUGCUAAAGAUCGUUUUGCAUCAUUAACAGCUUAUCUUCAAAAUCCACUUCAUAGUCCUCAUGUUAAAGCGAAACAACUUUUAUUAAAAGAAUAUGCUGAAAUUAUUCCAUAUUUGGAUUCUCAAACGCUCCGUGGUACCGCAGCAUUUGUACCAUCAUUUUUGAAAAUACUUCAUAUUCUUGAAUCUAAACUUUUAAAUUUAGAUGCUGCGGCACUUUCCGAAUUAAUAAAUAUUCAUUUAACACCUCAACAACGUCAAAGAGUAUUAAAUUUUAUUAACAAAACAAAAGUUUCAAUGAGUCCAUUAAAAACACGUCAAGAAAAUGUUAUAGGACAGGUGAAAGAUUAUGUUAAUUCAACAAGUAAUUAUAAUUCUCCAUAUACAAAUGGUAGAGAAAGAAGCUAUGAUAAUAACGCUCCAACAAGUACCUCAUCAACAUGUUCCAAUUUAGAUUAUGAUACAUCUAAAUUUUUCUACAAUAAUGCUAUUGAAUUUAAACAUGAUGUUGAGGAACAGAAUAGAAUAAUAACUAUUAUUCAAGCUGAAUUGAUGCCAGAUAAUGAUUCUAUUCACAAAAGCCAUGCAGCAAAAGCUUUAGAAGUUUUAACAAAAGAUAAAUGUUUUACUUUAUGGGAUACUCAUUUUGGUUCUACAUUAAUGCUUCUUAUUCAAAAUUUGUCAGCUGACGAUGAUAAUUUAGUAACUAAUGUUGCUUGUGCUUUAAAAGAACUUAUUUCUAAAGAACAUAAUCGUUUAGGAGAAUAUUACGCUUAUUUGAUAAAAAGUUUUAUAAGUGUUAAAAGAAGAAGUGAUAGAAUACAUAAGGCACUUGAUAAUUGUUCAGAUGCAAUGGCAAAAUUUUUACCUGCACCAACAUUAAUUGAAACAUUAAUACCACAUUUAAAAGUUGAUGAUCCUGAACAGUUGACAAAUGCUUUGAAACUUCUUGGUAAGGUAUUUGAAUAUAUUCCGUUGUCUGAAGCGAUUCCUUAUCUUUCAAGAGUUUGUCCAUAUGUUGUUGAAUGUAUUGGACACACAACAAGUUCAGUUAGAAGAGGAACAAUUAUUUGUAUGGUGUCCAUUAUCAAUAAAUGUGGUAGAAGCAAAGUUGACCAAUAUCUUGUAAAAUUCGACAGAUCCCAGAUAAGACUCUUGGAAGUUUAUUUAGAAAAAAGUCAACCAAAAUAA